AUGUUCCCAAUAUAACCUCACUGCAGUCAGCUCAGGGGUCUGGUCAGCGGCCUCAGUCUGAGCUGUAAGGGAAGUGACAGGCACAAACUCUGCUCUCUGGAUUGUGUUUUCUUCACGUGUUUGGAUGAACACCAUGAUGAAAGGGGAAGAUUCAGCGGAAGUAGAGAUUGACUUGGAGGACUCCAGUGACUCUGAUGAAUAUGAUAAUGGGGAGGAACCAGAAACAUUGUGGAGGGCCCCUCCUGCUCUGGAAGAAGAGGAAGACAUUCACACGUCCACACUAGUGGAAAUCAGUGAUACCAAACCUCUGAUUAAUGUCAGAGACCCCCAUGGUAUCAAUGACUGUCUCAAGGUGACGUUUGAGGAUGUGAUCGCAGAGCCAGUGUCAGUGCGCAGUGGGGACAGAGUAUGGACCUGGAGCAAUGCCCUGUUUGAGGUGUCUAGGGUUUGGAUCUACAGGAUAGUCACAGUGCUUCUGGCCAUUCCCAUUUCAAUAAUCUCUGGUCUCCUCUUUGCCAUCCUCAGCUGCUUUCACAUCUGGAUGGUUGGUCCUUGUAGCCACUGUAUCCUCAUUGGCGCACGCUGGCUGCAGAGCCUGUGGAGCAUUGUGUUGGGCGUCAUUGUGCGUCCCUUCCUCACAAGUGCUGGGAGAUGCUGUGGAGGCUUCAGCAUUCACCUGGCCAAAGAAUGACACUCACACAUCCAGACUGGUACUGUUUAUUAUGUGCAAUGGUGUUCUAGUGGACUGAGCUGAAGAAGACAUUGAUAUUUGAUUUUAAAAUAUGUCUUCAUAAUAAAUUGUUUAUAAUUGCAUGUUUUUCACAUUUAAGAUGCCUUUGG